AGUCUAUAAAUAGCAUCUUGGUUCUCAAUCAUCUCACACCUCAAACUCUCACUCAAUCAUCCAUUUAUUCUUUUCUUUCAACUCAAAGUCCCAAGAAUCAUGGGUGUUGUCUCUUAUAACUAUGAGUCUACCUCCCCAGUCACUCCCGCCAGGCUUUUCAAGGCCUUCGUUCUUGAAGCUGACAAGGUCUGGCCCAUAGCUGCCCCUCAUGCAAUCAAGAGUAUUGAGGUUGAAGCUAAUCCUGGCCCUGGAAGUAUCGUAAAGAUCAACUUUAUUGAAGGCCUUCCAUUCCAAUAUAUGAAGCACCAGAUUGGAGGACAUGAUGAAAACAAAUUUUCAUACAGUUACAGUUUGAUUGAAGGUGGGCCAUUGGGGGACAAGCUUGAGAAAAUCAACUACGAGAAUAAGUUUGAGGCAGCUGUAGGUGGAGGAACUGUUUGCAAGAGCUCGAUGAAAUUUUACACUGUUGGUGACUAUGUAAUAACUGAAGAUGAAAUCAAGGCUCUCAUUAAAGGGAGUGAGGGAGUUUACAAAGCCAUUGAAGCUUACCUCUUAGCUAAUCCCGAUGCUUGCAACUAAGAUAUAGGUUGCUUUGAAUUUUCAUGCUUCCUUUAAAGACGGGUCAGAUUUUAAUGUUGUGCUUUUGAUAUUUUCUUUUUCAUCUUAAAACCUAAACUGUCAUCUGAUUGUUUCAAUAAGAGUGGUGUUGCUCAUUGAGCUUUGAUCUUCUUAAGUCAUUUUCAUUACAGUCAAAGAAUUUGAGUUGUAUUGUAGCACCCUCACCCGACCCAAUCACCAGAUCUGGGUCCGGGCAUCACAACAGAACCGUAUUAAUGUUUAUACUAUGAUCUUACUAUUUCAAAAUCAAA